UACAGUAAGAAACUUUGAAGGGGAAUCUUCUAAUAUGGAGUUUGUUAGAAAUGAGGUAGAUGCAUUAUACCAUGAAAUGGUAGUUGAUGCAAUGGGUGCACAGUCUGAAUACAAUGACGGGCCAAUGGCUGAGGAGCCAAAUAGUAAGGCAAGAGAAUUUUAUGAUCUCUUACAUGCUGCAGAAGUCCAUAUAGAGGACCAAGAAAAGGUGUCACAGGAUUUCUAUAGUGCAAAAAAAAUGAUAAAUGUGCUUGGACUUGGGUAUAAGAAAAUUGAUAUUUGUGUUAAUGAUUGCUUCUUGUACUAUGAUGAGCAAAGUAGGAAUUUAACUGCUUGUCCAGUAUGUGGAGAAUCUCGUUAUGAGCCAAGGAAUAUGUCUGCUAUAAGGCAGAAAGAUGUUCCAAGGAAAUCUUUGUGGUACCUUCCAAUUACCCCAAGAUUGCAGCGACUAUACAUGUCUAGAAAAACAGUUGAGCACAUGACAUGGCAUUUGAAAUGCCGUGAGAAUGCGGAUGAAGUUAUUCAUCCUGCAGGUAGUGAGGCAUGGAAACACUUUGAUGAAACCCACCCAACAUUUGCUGAUGAACCUAGAAAUGUUAGACUUGGCCUCUGUACAGAUGGUUUCAAUCCAUUUGGUUGCUUUGCAACGCCUUACUCUUGUUGGCCUGUUUUUCUUACAGUGUACAACCUUCCUCCUGAAUUAUGUAUGAAGUCAGAGCAUAUAUUUCUUACCAGGAUAGUUGCUGGACCUAAAAGUCCAGGAAAAAAGAUUGAUGUCAUGCUUAGGCCAUUAAUUGAUGAACUUAAGGAAUUGUGGACAAAUGGGGUUGAAACUUAUGAUAGUUUCAGACAACAGAAUUUUAUCAUGAAAGCUGCAUUGCUAUGGACUAUAAGUGAUUUUCCAGGAUUUGGUGUUUUUCAUAAUUGGGUGAAGCGUAAUAUAUUUUGGGAAUUGCCAUACUGGAAGGAUUUAUUGAUUCGUCAUAACCUUGAUGUUAUGCAUUGUGAGAAGAAUUUUUUAGAUAACAUUAAAAAUACUGUCAUGGAUGACAAGGGUUGUACGAAGGAUAACACCAAUGCUAGAUUGGAUUUACAACUGUAUUGCAAUAGAUCUGAAUUAGAAUUGAUACCUCAAGAUGAUGGAAUAGCUAUAAAACCCAAUGCUUCAUAUGUUCUUACUCGAGAGCAACGAGCUCUUAUUUGUCAGUGGCUGAAGGAAUUGAGAUUCCUAGAUGGGUAUGCAUCCAACAUAGCACGAUGUGUUAACAUGCAGGAACUUCGAUUGUUUGGGAUGAAAAGUCGUGAUUGUCAUAUGUUCAUGCAGCGUCUCUUGCCAAUUGCUUUCCGUGAUUUCCUCAUUGAUGAAGUUUGGGGUCCCUUAACUGAGAUGAGCAACUUUUUUAGAGCUUUAACUGCUCCGAUUAUUCAAGUCAGUAACAUGGAGAUGUGGGAGGAAAAAAUUGUUGAGACCAUUUGCAAGUUAGAGAAAGUAUUCCCGCCAGCAUUCUUUGACUUGAUGGAGCAUUUGGCUAUCCAUCUACCAUAUGAGGCAAAAGUUGGAGGACCUGUCCAAUUUCGUUGGAUGCUUUUUGAUUAUCAAGUAUGUUCCGGUUUAUUAGAGGAUCAAAUUCAAAUCAAACGGCAACUUGAAUUUAUUCCUUGGUUUAAGACAACGGUGCAUAGUGGAAGAUAUGAGGUUGAUUCUCGCCUUUUGCCUUUAGUAACUGACCCAGUCAAUAAUGUUAGGGUAUACAAUGGUUAUUGAGUUAAUGGAUUUCGGUUUCAUACUAUCGCAUAUGGACAAAAUAAAAAGACCAUGAAUAGUGGUGUUUGUGUGAAGGGAACCACUUUCAAUGAUGAGUCAGAUUAUUAUGGGAGUUUGAAGGAAAUAAUUGAGCUUCAGUAUUUUGACUCAUAUGUUCAUCAAUAAGUGAUUUUGUUUAAG